GUCUUGAGCUCCUGCUUAUUUCUGCGUACACCAACUUAAUUCUUACCUCAAUUCUAUCGUUUUUAAUUGUCGCGGAUGCUUGGAUGGGCGUUUGUUAGCUAGCGUGUGGUCGGCGCGUGUGGUGUUAAGGCGCGGUCUCGCGCCUUGACCGCAUAUAACUCACUGUACUACCUUCAGCUUGACGACGUGCUACAUCAACAAUGGGGGGACCUGGAGCUCGCCUGGGACCGAGCACGGUCAUUCGGAUUCAGAGCGACGUCGCGCUUGAUCCGGAUGCGUACAAAUUCUCGUUCAAGCGACUGCUCCAAUUCAUGGGACCCGGCAUCCUGAUGAGCAUCGCCUACGUGGACCCGGGCAACCUGGAGUCGGACCUGCAGGUUGGCGCACAGGCUGGCUACGUACUGCUGUGGCUGCUGCUGCUGAGCACCCUCAUGGGCUUGGUGGUCCAGCUGCAGGCUGCCAAGCUGGGCGUGGUCACGGGGCGGCACCUGGCGCAGCACUGCAGGCGGCAGUACCCGCGCCUGCCCCGCCUGGUGCUGUGGGUGAUGGCGGAGGUGGCCAUCAUCGGCAGCGACGUGCAGGAGGUCAUUGGCUCCGCCAUCGCGCUGGCGCUGCUGUCGGGCGGUCGGCUGCCGCUGUGGGCGGGGGUGCUGUGUACGGCGGUGGUGUCGUUCAGCCUGCUGUUCAUUGAGCGGCUGGGCAUACGCGUGCUGGAGGGUUUCUUCGGCGCCAUGGUGGGCGUGAUGGUGGUGGCCUUCGGCGUCAUGUACGCGCGGGCGGACGUGCCGGCGGGCGAGGUGCUGCGCGGCUUUACGGUGCCCUCGCUGCCCAAGAAGGACCUGCCCGUGGCGGUGGCUCUGAUGGGGUCGCUCAUCAUGCCACACAACAUCUACCUACACUCGGCGCUGGUGCAGACUCGCAAGCUGGGCUCGGACCGGCCCGCUGCCAAGCGCGAGGCGAUGUUGUACUUCGGCAUCGAGUCGGCGCUGUCACUGGUGGUGGCGGUGGUGAUCAACCUGUUCAUCACAGCCGUGUUCGCCGCCGGCUUCCACGGCGCCGAGCUCCCGGACAUCGGGCUGCAGAGCGCCGGGCGCUACCUGGGCGACACGUACGGCGAAGCGGUGGUGUACAUCUGGGCCCUGGGGCUGCUGGCUGCGGGCCAGUCCUCCACCAUGACAGGCACCUACACCGGACAGUUCGUGAUGGGCGGGUACCUGGAUCUCAAGGUGUCGCCCUGGGCCCGUGUGGCCAUCACCCGCGCCGUGGCCAUUGCGCCCACACUGGCCGUGGCACUUCUGUGCAGCGGGAGCAACGGCGACGGCGACGGCUCGGCCCUAGACCAGUUGAACCAGGGCCUCAACCUGUUGCAGUCCGUGCAGCUGCCCUUCGCCCUGGUGCCGGUCCUCACCUUCUCCGCCAGCCCCGCCAUCAUGGGCCGCGCCUUCGCCAACGGCCCGCUGCUCAACGCCGCCUGUUGGGCCAUUGCCGGCCUGGUGGUCGCCAUCAACGGACUGGCCGUGUACCAGGUGGCUUACGAGUACGUGGUGGCAGACCCCUGGGUCUCGGGCGCGGUGCUGGCGGCGGCGGUGGCGGCAUACCUGGCGCUGGUGGGCUAUCUGGUGGUCGGGCCGCAGUCGCAGCUGGCGCAGUGGCUGGGCUACAGCCGCGGCCCGCAGGGGGAGCCCUGGCGCGACGACGCCGAUGGCUGUAGCAGCGGCAGUAGCAGCAGCGUGGAUGGCAGUAGCAUGGGCGGCAGUAGCAGCGGCACCGGAGGAGCGCGCGCCGGCGGCGGCCGCGGCGGCCGGGGCCGGUUGGUUGUGGAGGGGCAGGGCUCCACGGAGUCUUCGUGGCAGAGCGCGCGGGAGGAUUUGGAGGAGGAGGGGGCGGGAGCGGCGGAGCCGCUGCUUGGCGCGGCGGUGUCUGUGGGUGAGGAGGCGGAGGCGGGGGCGCAGCGUGCGGCGGGGUGCGCUUGCUGCAGCUCGUGUCGGUGUUGGGCGGUGGCGGCGCCGCCUCGUGCGGGCGGAGCAGGAACGGGGGUGCGGUGCGGCUGCGCCGGCGGUGCGGGCGGCGGCAAGGGCGGGUGCGGCGUGGCGCGAGUGGUGGGCGGGGGCAAGGAGGGGGUGGAGGUGGGUGGGGGCGGGAAGGCGGCGCCGGCCGCGCAGGCGCAGGUGGUAGUCUGGGAGGCCGGCGGCGGCAAGGAGGGCGCGGGCCUGCAGGUGGUGGUGGUGCGGGAGGGGGCUGCGACGCAACAGCAGGGGCAGGCGCAGGCGCAGCAGGGGCGGCGGCGGGGAGCGCAAGAGCAGCGGCCACGGCAGCAGCAGCAGCCGCAGCAGUCGCCGCAAGGCGCAGAGCUGUCUCAGCCGCUCUUGGCAGCUGGCGAGAACGAGGGGGAGGAUGAAGGCAAUGAUGAUGAUGAUGACGUGUUUGAGGAGGUGACAGACGAGGAGCAAGGGGGAGAGGCGGCGGCGGCGGCGGCAGUGCCGCCCCGCGGCCGCCGGCAAUAGAUCGGGGUUGCGGAUUUGCGCUUCGUCCAUUGGACGUGUUUUAUAUGGACCAAAACUUCACCUCAGCCGUUUGGGUGUUUCGCGGAUAUCGUAUGGUGGGUGUGGUUGUUUCGCGGGUGUGCGGCGCUGCUCGCAUUAUUCAUAGUGCCGAGCUAGUCAGGUCCCAAGUGUGGGACAGGAAGCUUCAGAUUUUGCAUGGAUACUGAGCGAGUGCAGCCGAUGCAAACUGCCAUGCACGUGACAUACGGUAUAUCAGAAUUGUCCACAACUCUGCACCGCAAAACUGGUUGCGCGGCUGUUUGGCUGCGGCUAUGUGCUUUGCUUCAUCGUGGCGUGAGAGGGUACGGAGACAGAGGGGUCUCAAGCAGGGCAGUAGAAACUGUUUGAUACCAGUUUUUGUUAAGAGAGGCGCGCCGGAGAGGCAGGGAGCGAGGCGAGAAACGGAAGCUGCUAGCUGCGGCCUGCGGCAAUGCGGAGUGCAAAGGAAAAGACAGGUAGGGGCUUGGCGGGUCUGGCUGGGUUUUAGGGCACGGUUGUAGGGUGUGAGUGCCAGUUUGUUGCUUGGAGAGAGAAUAAAGUGCGUGCUGUGCUCGAGGGUGGCAGGCCCACCAGGGCGCGCGACCGCACCAACGCCCCCAAUCAGAUGGAAAAGCAUGCAUGCAUUUUGUUCUCGUUGCGCCGGAGUUGUGCGAGAGCAUGCAAAAGCACCACACACGCACGUAUGUUGCUGGGAUGUAGAACGAGGAUGCAUGUUGGGGUUCGGUCUUUCGUAAAACCAGAUGCAGCGGUCUAUCUACGUGGCCUGAGUGGUGGGGGCCUCCCCUGGUGGGGGCCGUAGGCUGGUGGAGGACGACUGGAUGAGUUAGUUCGGAUGGUUGCAAUGAUUAUGUUCCCGGGCCAUCAGCGCACUUUUAUCGACACGAACGGACGCUGACCGGUUGGGUGUGACGGCUUUCCGGUAGUGUUGGUUUUGGCCCUGUCGAGCGGCAGGUAGCGAUUCGCAAGGUGCACUGUGUUUCAGAAUGGGAGGAUCUGUAGGCAUUGGCAGCGUCACGUGUCGGGCGGAACAGGGUUUUUUGGGGAGUUACGCAGUUGAGGAAGGUACGCACGUGUGUACUGCACAGUGGGAGAUAUGACUCGCAUACAACGCACAGGAUUGGUGUCGAGCUUGGGAUGUAUGAAGAUGUCUGGGCACCAGGCGGCGGGCGGCCGCGGCAUGCCCGCUCGCGUACCGUCGGCUAGUCAGGUUUAGCGGCUAUCCCUGAGAAGCCGCUGAGGACAGGCGCCAACCAACACUGGCAUUUAUUAAUUUGAAGACAUGGAAAUGCUGUAGGCAUGUGGAGGUGUAAAGCCAAGGCGAUAGGCAUGCGGCUGGCUGGGCGCAGGCGACGCGGGUGACGGCUUGCCGUCGCUUGAGUUGCAAAAGCUUGUGGGGGGCCCGAGCGAGGCUGACCUGACGACAGGACAGGCCGAUAGGGGGCUAGGGGUCUCCUGUGAUGGGGGCAGGCGAACCCCAAUGCGGCUGUAAAUCAAUGGCUGC